GUCUGCACAGGACUUCUUUUUGCUUUUGUAGUAGCAAGGAAGAAGUCCACAAAAUUGGCCAGCACCAAUACAAAACUCAAAACAGAAUCGAGCGCAGAAAGAAGAAACAUCAUGGCAACAUCCGAAGAAGAGUACUUGAUUCGAGCCGCCGGGUCCAGCCCCUCGACACGACGUCGCAACAUGCCAGGACGACAAAGGAAUUAUUCUGGUGGUGUGUUGCGGCAAACAUCUGCCCGAGAGCUCUUUCGAUCUGUGAGCAACAAGAGCACCGAACUCAACGACUUUUUCCACAGCAGUCUCCAACAAUGCAGUUUGUUCCUGACAGAUUCAGUCAGACAAACUUCCAGUGACGAGAGUGUUGCCAGCACGACAAGCAGCAGUAGUCGGGAAAUCGACGAUUCGAUGCGCCGUCUUUCCGUCAGCAAAGAAGAGAUUAAUGGCAUUAUUGACGACGACGAGGCGUUCCGCAAUCUGAAAAGGCGCCUGAAACAAAGAGGAUGCGUUACAAGUUCCAUGGUCCAUCUGAGCCUUCAUUCGUGUGUGAAGGACAUUCAAGAAUCAGACGAUGAAUCCGCAAACUGAGCGACACCCCACACUACAGCAAUGGUGGCAACCUUGCAGCCACUUCUUUUAGGACCCUGUAAACUAGAGACAUACAUAUAUCAUUUU